AUGGGGUCUGAAGAAGAACCAAUAUAUCCUACACUGGAAUAUAAUACAUAUUACCAGUUUAUAAUACUCAAAUCUGAUGUACAGUUGAGAGCUGGAAAGACAUAUACUGUAGAAAUGUCAUUCCAAGGAAAACUGACAUAUGAUCUUGUUGGACUCUAUCUGAGUUCAUAUAAACGUCAGAGUGACAAAACAUGGAUAUAUCAAGUUGCAACACAGUUUCGAGCAACAGAGGCCAGGAAAGCUUUUCCGUGUUUUGAUGAACCCGCCGUCAAAGCAAAAUUUAGAGUAAUUCUAGUAAGAAAAAAUCACAUGGUUACUUUGUCAAAUACUGACGUCAUUCGUCAAGAGAAGAGGUCUAAUGGUUGGGUAGCCGAUCAUUUUGCAGAAACUCCGAUGAUGUCAACAUAUUUGCUGGCCUUCGUCGUUUGUGACUUCGAGAAUACAACAGACAUUGAAAAUGGACUAACUUUUAGAUCAUGGUCACGGCAAGAUGUGGUAAAUCAAACUGAAUAUUCCUUGAAAGUUGGUAUUGACAUCAUGGAAUAUUUUGAAGACUACCUUGAUGUUAAACUUCCUUUGUCAAAAUCAGAUAUGGUGGCUGUUCCAGACUUUGGUCCAGAAGCAAUGGAUAACUGGGGUCUUAUCCUGUAUAAAGAAUCAAGCAUGCUUUAUAACCUCAAUGAGUCAUCAGAAAGAGACAAACAGGAAGUAGCUAUGCUUGUCUCCCAAGAAAUAGCCCAUCAGUGGUUCGGAAACUUAGUUACAGCAAAGUGGUGGAGUGAUUUGUGGCUACAUGAAGCAUUUGCGAGUUAUUUGGAAUAUAGCGGUCCAAAUCAUGUUUACCCUGACUGGGAAAUGAUGAAUGAUUUUGUUUUUGAAAUAAUGCACAGUGCUUUAAAGUGGGAUGGAGUGGUUGAACGCCGUCCUGUUUACAAAGAAGUCUCGUUUCCUGGUGAGAUCGAUGGAAUGUUUGAUGAUAUUUCAUAUGAAAAGGGUCCAUGCAUUGUUCGUAUGAUGAAAUUUUUUCUUGGGGAACAUACAUUUAAGAGAGGAUUACAGCGUUUUCUGAAGGAGCACCAGUAUUCAACGGCUACACAUGAUGAUCUCUAUAAUGCUUUAGGAAAGCAAGCCAAAAUUGAUGGAAAAUUAAAAUUCGUACAGGAUAUAAAACACAUCUUGGACACCUGGAUUCUACAACAAAACUACCCGACUGUAUCAAUAACAAAGGAAGGGGGUGAUCUCAGACUAUCACAGACAAGAUAUGUCGUAGAGCCUGAAAACGUUAACGAGGACAAUUCGUCGCCACUUGAAUAUAAAUGGGUAAUACCUGUAACCUUUACAACCAAUCGUAAUUUACGCUUUGACCAGACAGACAAAGAUAUCACGUGGAUGGAUAGAAAUGGUUCUGAUGUGGUAAUCUCUGGUGUUAUGAGCAAAGCAUCAUCCAGUGAUUGGUACAUAGGAAACUUAAUGCAGUAUGGGUACUAUCGCGUGAACUAUCCUGAAGAGAACUGGUAUAAUUUAAUCAAUCAACUUAGGACAGAUCAUACGGUUAUUCCUCCUAUAAAUAGAGCACAGAUAAUCAACGAUGCCUGGCAUCUGGCAAAGUCUGGUGAUCUAGCCACAGAAAUCGCUACUCAGGUCUUGGAGUAUUUGCCUGAUGAAGAUGAUUAUGUACCACUCAAAGCUGCAAUGAGCGAACUGAAUUACCUCAAAGAUGUGUUAGACAGAACCAAACUUUCAAGUACUUUCUCUAAAUUCACGCAGAAAAUAUUUUCCAGACAGUUUCGAAAGUAUAGUAUUGAUACCGCAGAAAUUCACACAGAAAAAAUUGCGCAGAUGUACAUAGUUGACAUGGCAUGUGACAAUGAUGAUGAAGAAUGUAUAGAAAUGGCAAAAUCGUCAUUCAGACAGUUCAUGGAGAGUGAAGGGAGUCAUCAAAUUGAUGUCAAUCUGAGAGAUACUGUCUAUUGUACUGCAGUGCGUCAUGGUGGAGUUAAGGAAUGGGAUUACGUACUUAAGAAAUUCAAAUCGUCCAGAAACCCCUCAGAGAGAAAAGUCCUAUACCGUGCUUUGUCGUGCAGUAAAGAUAUGAAGCUCUUACAGAGAUUUUUGAAGUACACCUUAAAUUCAGAGGAAAUCCGACAAGGAGAGUUAACCAAAGCGUUACUAUAUCUUUCCAAAAAUAAAGUUGGACGGUCCUUGGCUUUUGAAUAUCUAACAGAGAAUGCAGGUGCUUUUGAUAGACUCGUAAAAGAUGGAAUGAAACCAGACAAACUAUUCCCUGAGCUGGUAGAAACAUUUAAUACUCAUCAUGAAAUAGAAGGGUUUGGCAAGAAGUCUCCAGUGAACAUGCAAUCAUGGCGUGUUAAAGCGGCAUUGGCAACUGCAAGGAAUAAGCUAACAUGGGGUGAACAGAAUUAUGAUGUCAUCAAGACUUGGCUAAUGAGCAAAGAUAUUUGACAUUAUACAUGUACAUGUAGCUUCCUUGAUUAAAAUAUUUUC